AUGCAAUAUUCAAUUGAAAAUGUUCAAAAUGUAUUAAAAUCAUUUUAUUUUCCACAACAAUAUCAUCCACAACAAGAAAUGAAUGUAGUGAUGAGAGAUGCACAAGAAUGGUUAAUGUCAUUUCAGAGAUCUCCUCAAGCGUGGACAUUAUCACAACAACUGUUGUAUCAAGGUGGACAGGUAGAGUUUCAGUAUUUUGGAGCAUCGACUAUAGAAUCAAAGUUAAAGAGCGAGUGGUCGUCCAUGUCUACAGAGCUUCAAUCAUCUAUUCUCGGACAGAUCUUACAAAUACUUCAAAACCCUUUGAAUCUUCAUCGUACAGUAUUGACAAGAUUGGUUCUAUCGGUAUCGGUGAUUGCAUGUCAUGCAGUACCAACACUUUGGCCAAAUCCAAUCUAUGAUAUAUUAAAAUUGGGUUUAACUCAAACAAAUCAAGAUUCCUCUUCAUCCUCUUCACCAUCAACACCAACUGAUGAAUUAUAUAUAAUAGAACAUUAUUUAAAUCCAAGUAAUCCAAAUAUUAAUCUUAUCUUGGAACUUUUAACUAUUCUCCCAUUUGAAGUCACACAAUGUGAUUUUAUUACACAAGAUGCUAGAACUCAAGUAUCAAAUCGAUUUAAUCGUUCAAUUGAUUCAAUCAUUAAAUUAUUAUCAAAUUUAUUGUCAAUCCAAAAUCAAAAUAAUAAUAAUCAAAAUAAUAACUUUAACCUUUCAACGAUUAAAAAUAAUUCAUUAAAAUGUUUAAAGAGUUGGAUUAUAUUUAAUAUAUCGCCAUCAUCAUUUUUAACAAGUCCGUUGGUAAUGCAAUAUGGAUUCGAUUCAGUACAAAGAGACGCACAAUUGGUGGAAGAGUUUGUGUCGGUGUUGUCAGAGAUUGUAACAUUUAUGGGUGGCAAACACUUUAAACAAUAUCCAACCACUUUUAAUACGAUGCUUGGCAGGGUAUUGGAAACCUUGCCAAGAUAUGCACAGUUGGCAGUAUUGGAAGAGAAUGAACAAAUAUUUCAUCACAUCUUUUCACUGUUUACUCAGAUUGCAGAGACACAUCCCAAACUCUUGAUGGCAUCAAAACUUUAUUGCGAUGCCUUUUUGGACGCAUUUUCUGAUUUGGUGGCCAAGGGAGACAUGGAGAGUUGCGAACCAUUGUCACUUGUCAUCACCGAGAUUCAUUCACUGCACGACAAUGAUGUCGACGUCAGUUCAUUUUACAAGUUUCUUAAAAACCUCAUUCCAAUCUAUCGAGACAAGUGUAUGUAUCCAUUGGACUCAGACUCGAAUCUACUAGCAGAGGCAAGUGCAGAGUUUGAUCGAUUCAUUGGACUACGAAACAUUGUCGGUGACUCUCUACUCAGUAUCUAUGGUAUCUUGGAAGAGAGUACCAAGUCGAUAUUAUUGUCGAUGCUUUGGAACGAUAUUUCACAAUACAACAAUAAUAUCAUGGCAGUCAAUGGAUGGCGUGCCAUUGAAUCGACCAUCUUCCUUUUGGGGUUCCUCUCAGAGGGUAUAUCAUCCAACGACGACACUUCAUUUGUACCUCAACUCUUUCAAUUGCUCGGUGCAUUGCCCGCCCAUUCCACUCCACUCGUCAAAUCAACCAUUAUCCUCGCCGGUAAAUACGCAAACCUCUUGGAAAAGAGUUCUCAAUACCUCUACAAAAUAGUCAGUGAUUUCAUCCCUGCAUUUUCAAACCCCGAACUUGCCACUUCUGCCUCUGACUCUUUUCUCUCCAUCUCUAAAAACAAAAAAUGUGCUUCCCUCUUAUCAAAUAAUUUAAAAGAUUUAAUUAUUCAUUGUUCCCCAAUUUUAAAUAUUACAAAUUUAACAGUUUAUUUUAAUAUAAUUGAAGGAUUAUUUGAAAUAUCAAGUGUAUUAAAUCCAGGUGAAAUUUUAAAUAAUUUAUCACCAUUAUUAACACCACAUAUAACCAUUUUAAAUCAAUUAUCAAUCAAGCAACAUUUAAAUCCAACCGAAACCACUCAAAUCACCAAUUCUUUAAAACUAUUGAUUCGAUUUAUGAAAAUAUUUGAAAUUGACGAUGGUUUAGAAUCUCAACCUUCACAAUCACCACCUCUCAACCCUGCCAACAACAAUAAUAAUAAUAAUACAACUACUAUUACAUCUGAUUAUAGUUUAAUCAUUUUACCAAUAGUAGAAAUCAUUUUACCAAUUACAAGAAAUUUAAUUACAAAUAAUGAUAAUGAUGAAAUUUUGGAAAAUGUUUGUCUUUUAUGUAAAAGAAUUAUACUCUCUUGCAACAAGAAUGCAAUUGUUCCAAUGUUGCCAACCAUCUUUUUCCAAAUGACCAAUUUGUUUUUAAAACAUCCAAGUUGUGCUGCCAUCUCUACAAUGAGUUUUGGAGUGGGAUGUCUGUCACUUGGUAACGCCCACGAUUAUGUUAGCACAGCUCUCACUACACUCACCAACAUAAUGAUCGAUCUUUGGAAACGUCAUGUUAACGAAUCCAUACAACGACACCAACAACAAUACCAUCAUCAUCCCAACAAUCAAUACCAACAACAACCAACCGCCAUCUCUUACAACCUCUCCAUUCAACCAGACUUGACCAAAGAUUUCUUUGCCUUUAUCACUCAAUCCUUGAAAUACAAUGUACUGUCAAUCCCUCAAGGUCUAAGUACACUACUAUUCCAAAUCCUACUAGACAAUCUAUUAUUCAUCAAUGAUAAACCAACAGCAAGACCUUGUUUUCAAUUUUUAUCUUUUUUAAUUUCAAUGACAAAAGAAGAAUCAAAUUAUUAUAUAAAUAUAAAGAAUGAAUUGGAUCAAUUUUUAAAUCAAAAUGGAGAAUUAUUGAUCAAACAAUUAUUGACAGCAGUUGGAGGAGGUAUACCAAGAAGUGUAUCACCAUAUGUUUCCGAGACCAUAUUUGCCCUCGUAUCAAAGUACCCAAAUAUAUUUAGACCCAUUGCAUUAAAGUUCCUUAGCAUUGAUGGAUUCCCUUCCAACAAGGUGACAUUUGACCAAAAACAAUUGUUCCUCAACAAAUUAAUGAGACUAAAAGGUAAAAGUCCUUUUAAAGAAGCUGUAUCUGAUUUUUAUUUAAAUUGUUUAGUUAAUAUAGAACAAAUUAAAGGAUUAUUAGAAUUAAUUAAAAAGGAUGAUAUAGUUGGUAGCGGAGAGAUUAUAAAGACAUUGGCAGACUGGUCAAGAGUUGAAGAGAAUAGAAAUAUCAUUGCAAAGGAAUCAAAUAUAUUGGAUGUUGUUGUAUCGUUGAUUCAACCAUACAAAGACAGUGAUGACAAUAAUAGAGGACACCUCAACGAAAUGAUAUGUAGACUAUUGGGUAAUCUUUGUUUUGAACAUGAAGACAAUAGAGAACUCAUUCAGAAUCAUAAAGAUGUUGAUACCAUUAUCAAAACAUUGGUUGAAUUUGUAAAGCAAACUACACGACCAUCACUUAGAAAAACUGCUUGUGCAGCCAUUGCCAACAUUUCAUCGUGUUCUGAAUUCUUUCAAGGUGCAUUUUACGAGACUGGUAUUGUUGACAUUAUCUUUUCAUUGCUCGCAGACUCCAACACUUCACAAGAUGUCAAACAAUGGGCUACACAAGCACUCAAAAAUGUCGUCGAAGAUAAUCUUGACAAUCAAACCAAUAUCAAACAUUCAGAUCUUGUCAUUCUUCUCAAUCAGCUAAAACAAUCUAUUAAACAAGAUGGUUGGAUUGAUAAUACUUUUGCUUUAGAAUUAAUUAAUUUAUUAUCUUCAUUUUUAAUUAAUGAAAAAUUAAAAAAAGAAACAUUAAAUGAAGGAAUGAUUGAUGAAAUAUUAAAUUUAAUUGAUCAAGCUGAGCCUACAAGAGAAUUGGUUGAUGAAUUGGAUGAAGAGGAGAUCAAUGAAAUCACUGGAGAAGUAUCGGUUGCACCAUUGGCUGCUGAAGCUAUUGUAAAAUUGGCUGAAAAGGAUCAAUUGAGGGAAUACUUUUUAAAGGGUGAUGUUAUCGAACGAAUGAUCAAAAUCAUUGGUUCCAAACCACCAGUAUUUAGUCAACAAAGCAAAAAGACAACUCUCAGAGUAUUGGAUUUGGCCAAAACAAAGAGAUUCAUCACUAGAGCACUCGCCUAUGUCUCUUUGGAAGAUGCUUCAGUCGAAAAAUUAAUGGAUCAUGUACAAUUAUUCAUAGAUAUGUUUGAUGAACAAGAUACUGAACAAAUGGUUAGUUCUGCAAUGUUGAUUGGUAAUCUUUCAAUUAAUGAAAAAAAUAUUAAAAUUCUACUUGAAAAAAAAGUAUUGGAAAAGAUGACAGAGAAUUUGAAAACAUAUCCAAAUCAUCAACCAAUUCAACAUUUGAUAUUGGCAGCCAUUCGUAAUAUUACCAACCCAAGUAGUGCAUUCAAGGGAACUGUUAUCAGCAAGGAUUUGAUGGAUUGUAUUGUCACUAAUAUGAGAGUACAAAACCAAGUCAUCCAAUACACUGCCAUUGGUGUGUUGAAACAUGUUACUCUUUGCUCUGACCAAAACUAUAUCCUAUUUAUGCAAGACAGUUAUAACCUUCAAGCUCUCUUGGAUUUAGCCAAUGGAGUCACCAAAGCAUCAAUUGAAGAAGAAGAUGAAGAGGAAGAGGAGAAAAAACCAAAGGAUAAACGUGUAGCUUACGAAUCGACAAGAAUACUUAAACGUUUCCUUGAAAUGAAAAAUGUAUUAUCAGAGGAAUCAACAAAGGAAAACCUCACUAGAGAUUGUGUAGGUCCAUUCUUUGAACUUUUGAACGCACCAUUUGCCAUUCUUCGUUGUGAAGGUUCAAGAGGUGUCAAUCAACUCUACAAAACCGAUAGCACCCUCAUUGACAUUACCAAUGAACAUCACUGGAAAUCAAUUGUAUCAGCACUCAAGGAAAGCAUUUCUUCCCUUUCUUCACAAGACACUGCCUUUAACCAAGAAACAGUCUCUACCCUCCUCGAAAUUCUCAACCAACAAACCAAAGACGAAUCCAUCUGUCAGAAAAUCAAAUCUCUAGAUGCCAUCACUUCCCUUAAAAACCUUAUUAAAUUGGAUUCAAUCACUCCAACUGUUAAAUCUACAAUUCAACAAUUAUUGGUUCAAAUUUCAAUUUAA